CCUUUCAAGGCCUACAAACUGCAUUUAACAAACACAGCUGUGGAAAAUAAACCUUGGGAUUCUCUAUGUGUGGAAUUCUGAGGCAAGUGAUAAAUGCUACAUUUAUAAAUGGUCAACCUGUGCAUGUCCCUGUACUACUUAAUCAACAAAUCUAUUCCCUGGCUAUCAGAGUGAGAAGAACAGCCAACACAUGCUUGCCUGGAGACGUUCCAGAGUCUUUCUACUGGAUACAGUUGAUAGAGGAGCUGAGUUUGUUGAGAUCCUGAAAACAGUCUACCCUAAGGCAGAGAGUCUUCAUGAGAAGGACUUUGACUGGCUGUUUGACUGUCCCCAGACCGAGCAGUUUCUGGAAUGGUUCUGCAACACGGUGAGUGAGGAGAACAUACUGACUGUCCCUGAACUGGACAGUUAUGAAAAGCUGUUAGUUUCUGGGAAGCCUAUCCUUGAAGGAGAAGCAUUGGAGGAGGUGUUAAAGACCUGUCACCAAACUUCAGAGCUAAAGGGUGCCCCAGAGGGGAAUGGAAUCCUGCCCCUCAAGACUCUGGAACAAGAGAUGCAGUUACUGAAGAGUCAGUAUGCUUGUCUGUUAAAACGAUACAACAAGCUUCAGGUUCGUACAGCUAGCCUGAAGCAGGAACUCUGCUUUUCAGCAGAGAUGAAAGAGAAAGCAAGCAGGGAGCUGAAGAAAGCACAGCUAAGGCUGGAGCUGGAGAAUUUUCAAAGCAAUGAUGUUCUCAGUCAGGCUGGUAAGACAGCAACGGAAGUGUUGCAUUGGCACAAAAACCCCAGAGGUGAAGGGGCAAAAGCAUCAUUGGCUACAGAGGACCUGAGAUGUUACCUGGAGUCAGAGGAAAUAGCUACAAAGGCUUUUAAGGAGUACCUUGCAAAGGUCAUGCCAGGGAUUAUAGGUGAUAUGGAGGAAAAUAAGAAAAGGGCAAGGAAUGGGCCGGGAGGCUCUCAGGAAGAGCCGAAUACAGAGUCUCCUGAAAGACGUGCUCAGGAAAUGCUACUAAAAGAUCAGACCAUUUGUGCCAAAAAUUAUGUAAGUUACAAAAUGACCACAGGAGGACAGAAAAGCCCUGUACUCUAUGAAGGGCAAGUGGGUAGCAAGAAUGAGCCAGUGUUUACUCCGAAAGCCCUGCCAGAAAAAAUGGACGAAACAAAAAGAGAGAAUUUCAGAACUCAGGCACUGAAUGUUCACAACAGCUACCAAGAGCUGAAGCAGGUAGAGGAUGAUCAAAUGGAGCUCCUUAAAGAUGACACUCCAUGCAACUAUCCAGAAGAACUGAAGCGCAUGGAAUUAGCCUACAUGUGGAGCCAGAUAUUGAUAGUCAUGACCUCAGCUAACAUUAAGGGGAUUGCAAGCACUUUACAAUGGGCAAGGAAGGUAUCAAAAUCUGUUGAGGAGAACAAGGUGGAGGAAGAGAGAAGUGAACUAUGUUUCCGGAUAGCCACUUGCCAGGAGCAACUCUGCAUCCUCCAAAAGGAAGUAGACCAGGCAAAGACCCAACAGCUUGUGCCUCUGCUCCAGGAAAGCAUCCGUCUCUUUUGCUUGCCUAUAGUAAGUGGAGAGCUUGAUUUGGAAGCUGUCAGACUUGGGCGUCUUGAGUUGAUGCAAGAAGAAACUACUGGCCACCUGUUGGGCCAGCUGAGCCAUUUAGAGCUGCUGAGGCUCUUGCUGAUGCUGGAGAAGAAGAAGAUGCAAAACCUGGCAAGUGGUCUGGAGGGGAUAGCAACUGUUCUGAAGGAACUGCACUUGACAUCACAGGAAUGGGAAUCGUGUUCCGAGGAUUCCAGGUUUUCCAUUAAGCAAUGCCCACGAACUCUGAUAGACCCAAAUGAUCUCACCACUUUACGGCUCUGGGAAAUGCUGGAUAAGCACAGUCAAGAGAAGCAACUCUUCCGUACUUAUGAGACUUUGGCAAGUCGGGCCUCACGACUGUGUCAAGAGAUUAGGAUGCUCCAAGUACAGCUAGCAACGCCAUUCUCACAUCUUCCGAAACUGGAGAUGGAAAAGAAUGUCCUGCACAAUAUGAUGUAUGGUGACAUGAACCAGCUAAUGCUUCAUGCUCAGGAACUGUCAGAACCUCUGGAGCAGCUUCACACGACACAGGCCAAACUCUACCAAAUGCUAAUGGAUACCCUGAGUGACCUGAAGGCCAAACACAAAUCCCUGCAGAGCCACUUUCAGCAGACGGAGCGCAGCCUUUACGUGCACUUCUUCAACAACCCAGACCGCCUGAAGGAGCUGGUAGAAGCUGCUGAGAAGCAGACACUGGCAUCUUCUUAUGUGUAACUGUAGUUGCCAUCAUCAGAAAAGAGCAGUAUCAGCUGGGCAGAAAACGACCCUGAUGGCUUUCUCCAAAGUAUUCCUAUCUGGACUUAACAGAAAGCCUACUUGAGAACACUGAUAAGAAAAAUAAGCUUUCCUUUAUUGUCAUGUUCUCUGUGCAGAACAGACCAUUUCCUCAUAGAUCCUAACCUUCUACUGGGUAGGUCAGGGAGUGAGAAAUUCUCUUUGAUGGAGAAAUAAAUUACUGCAUUAAGAACUCGUGUGGCACAUCAGUUCCCUUUAAGCAUUUCAGAAAGAAAUGUUGUUGAGAAAGGAUUCUGCAUCUGUCUUUUACAAUGAUUGGGGGGAAGGGAUUUUUAAAUCCAUCUCUUCACCUUGAGUUUGAGCCAUAUGGUAGAUGCAACACCGGAUUGAAGAACUGGCUGAGACACAUUGGGUGAACUAAACGCUGUUCAUAUUUUUAAGAAAGGCUGUUGCCUACUUGUUUUGUCUAAUUGUUUUUCUGCUUUCAGCUACCUUCACUACUUUAAAAGUUGUAAUAAAAGAAGAGCAUGAGCAUAAA